GUGACAUUGAGUUGGCUGGGUGUGAUAUAGCGAAGAAAUCGUAGUUUUAUUAGUUCACUAUGAACUGUCACCAAGUGCUGAGUGGGGCCUGUAAUUCAGGAGAUCAAUGUUUUGCUGUUGGUUCAGUGGAAGGAAUACCGUUCACGGCAUAUGCUGCGGGAUGUAACAUAGUGAUAUUAGCAUCCAACUUCGAGAGAGUGCAAAUCAUUCCAGGUGCAAUUCAUGGCUAUAUCCGAAUUGGCUCGCUCGACUGUAGUACGGACACUGGAAAGAUAGCUGCGGCGUACGGAGCUGAAGUAUGCAUAUUUGAACCUACACCAUUGAUUCACACUGCUGCUACAACUCAUGGUUUGGAAUAUCGAUGGGUACAAACUGGCAAGCUGGUCGCGGAUGGGCCAAUCACAGCACUCUCCUGGAAUCUUGAAGGCACUCGACUUCUCACCGGCGGCAAGAUCCUACAGCUCUGGCACCAAGCAUCUCUGUACCAGGAUGACAGUCAACAAGGACAACAAAAUAUAGAAGGACAACAAAAUAUAGAAGGACAACCCGAUGCUAGUUCCGGCGUGACAUUCCAAAUAGGGGGCGACAAAGAUGAAAAACCUAAACAACCCGAAGAGGACGAACCGGGCUGGCUAUGCGUAUGGCAAUGUCAAACAGCGACACCGGCGCACCACGUUGCAUUCUCGCCAGACGGGGUGCUGUUCGCUACGUCCGGCAUUAACGACCGCCUCGUCAAGAUCUGGUACCAAAAUAAAGUGCUGGUCCAAACGCACGGGGAGCACUCGUCACCCGAGCUGAACUAUACGUUCAUCUACGUUGCACACCCCCGAGCUGUUACUCAUCUCUCAUGGCGCAAGACCAGCAAGUAUAUGCCAAAGGGCAGCGUAGGCAACGUACUAGUGACGUCAUGCGUAGACAACAUCUGUCGCGUAUGGGCGGAAACUCUCCUACCGGAGGACGAGUGGGGAGGAGGCGUUGUGACGUCACACUCGCGUUCUCCUCCUCGCCGACAGAGAGCCACUCACCGACAUAAACAUAGGUUUAUGCAGCGUCUGAAACACAUGAAAACCUGUUUCCACAUCCGACGAAACGCCCAGUCGUCGAAGCAGCCGGGCGCGCCCAUUCCUACUCUGCCUUCCACAUACAGCGCUCACGACUUCCAUAACCCUUACCACGCCACUUCCUACACUGGAGGUUUACACUUCCAUUUAGCAGCAUCAAUAAAUGCAGAAACAGAUAUCCCUUUAGUGCCGUCUCUGGCGGGCGGCGGGCGGUUCAUCUUACACUGGCUGCAUAAUAAAGAAAUGCACUUCACCAGUCAAGCCGAAGCAAUAUUACACGAUCUUACUAAGAAGAUAUUAGACAAAGAGGAAAAUGAAGAAGGUGGAUCCGGUUCGGACCAUAUGAUACAUCCGGAAGGAGAGAAUGAAUCGAAGCAUUCAGGACAUAGACGGCUGAGCCAUCACCUUACUAAAGUGCUGUCUGAGGAUAAUAGUAACAGUGACGAACAACCAGGUAAUGGCAACCACAGUCACCCGAGUCUGUCGAACACGACGUCAAUAAACUCAAUAGCGACUGACGUCACCUGUACCCAUCUGCCAGAUUCACUCGAUGCUAAGAUAGAGUCGCUCUUACGUGAUUGGCAUCAAAGUCCGGAUUUGUUGUUUUCCAUACAUCCUGUUGAUGGAAGUUUUCUUAUAUGGGUCUGCGAGUGGUUAGAUGAACUCCAAGCCGGAGCAAUCCGACAAGCUCAAGUAUCGUUCUCAGCUCGAAUACCAUCGGCGUUUCCGCUGGGCGACGCUACCACGAUGUGCACCCCCGCUGCGCUAUACCAUGCCGCCGCGCAACCGCUCUAUGUACGGCAUCGGACUAAACCCGUCAUGCCAGGUCAACCUCACCUACAGCAAUCUGAAACAGUCACCACUCCUCUAGCAAGUGUACAGGAAGAGAAAGAAGAGAACGAAUGGCUUCCAAAUGAGGAACACAAUGAACCUCAAGAAAAUGGCGCUCGCGAAGAAAACAACAAUGAAAUGCAAAGAAAGACAAGCGUGGUCGCGGAAGACCUGGGAGAGAAUCAAGAAGGGGACGUGUUGGACUCUGCGCCUGUCAUUUCAAUGGUCACCAACCACACUAAUGGAACACUCAAUCUUUGGCAGCUUACCUUUGAUGACAAGUCAAAGUUUUCUCAGGUGCUGUCUAUUGGCCACGCUUCGAGAGCGUCCGGCCAUAGGUUUAGGGUUAAUGACAUCACAUGCCAUCCAGUAUUACCGUUAUUGCUUACUACUAGCCAUCAUAAUAUCUCAGAUAAUGAAAGAAACACGCUCCAAAAAGACGAGGAAACACCAUUGGGCGGUCUAUGCUCAGAACUGAUCAUGUGGCGAGUGGAGUGCGUAGGACCACUGGGCAAGUCGGGCGGAGUAUCCGAGCUCGCUCGAGUUAAUUCGCCGCAUCUGUCGGCGUUCAGCAAUGUAGCGUGGUUACCUACUUUAUUACCAAGCACUACACUCGGAAACCUCUCAAAUUCGCCAUCGGCUUGUUUUGUGGCCAGUGACGGCGAAAGCUUACGAGUGUUUCAGGCGGUGAUAGACGCGAGAACUUUGCUCGCUGAAAUUGCUACUUCGGAACGACGCCAUAAAGAUGUCAUGCACGAUACAAUGUCAAUGUCAUCGGACUCAACACUGGAAGAAGGCGGCGGCGUUCCCCUCCACGACCGCAUAAAGAUAGUGUCGCAACAGUCAACAGCGCGACCAGGCGCAAUCAUACAGUUACACGCUAUAGCGGACGCGACUCACGAUUGGCAUAACACGCAGUUGUUACAUGUGUUCCAGCAACAACUUAUUACUGGGGAACGUGCCUCUCCCGACACAGACAGCGCGGAUUCAGGUGUAGAAGGGUCUGAUCAACUCAACACAAUAACAGAAGCUGGGCUUGAAGCGAUAGUAGAUCUGCGCAAAGCAGCAGUGUUCAACGAACCUUUCUACAUUGUGGUUUUGGAAAGAACUGACGCUGGAAGCACGGUGCACAUGUGGCGGCUUACUGUGUCUUCGCAAGCUGACCCAAAUGAUGACCUUACAAACAGUAUGAUGUACGUGCCGGACAGCGCACUAGUGCAGGAGGACGAAGGUACUGAGUCGCGCAAGAACUCCGUCUCAAUGGACAAUGACCGCGCGCCCCAACCCGCGCCUGCGCACGCUCAUAUCUCGAUAUCCACCAAGAAGAUAUGCGAAUGUCCGCUGGCCUUACCCGACGGAGUGGACGUGAUACAUGCGGCGCCGGCAGCCGGUCACCUCAGCUCCGCUUCCAUUUACCCAGCUUGCCUGGCGCCUUACAUAUUGGCUACUGCAUGUUCUGAUAGUACAUUGAGGUUCUGGAAGUGUGAUGUGCAUAAAAACGAUAUGGGUGAUUUAGAAUAUACGUGGAAGGAAUGGGAAAUGAUGAACAGAGAUCAAGAGUCUGCUAUAGACAUUCCAGGUCAACCCCUACACAUAAGUGCUGCGUAUUCCGGCAGAAUAGCAUGUGCAUACAAAUGUGGACGAUCGUUCACACGUCCGAAAGGCGCAAAUGCUACAACCAACCCAACUGACGCUCGUUUCGUCAAUCUAUGCGUUUGCGUAUACGAGUGUGAAAGCACUGGCGGUGCGGAAUGGUUGCUCGAAGAUACGAUACCGCUGAGGAAUGUGAGUCUGCCUAGAGUCGGCGUUAGCGCCGAUACGCAAAUUGAUCUUUCGUAUUUGCAUGAUACGUCGUUUAUGCAGAAGAAACAGAGACUUACUCAGGUUCUACAAACAUUCUCAUCGGAAGAUAGUCGCGGCAACCGCAACGGCGAGGGCGACACAGGCAAAUCGGCCGGUCUCCUUGCUGUACCUUCGUUCAGUACUCUCCAGUCUUUACGCAAAAGCAUCAUGGAGAAUGGAAAUACAUGCCCUUUGACGCAAAAACAUUUAGUGCAAUUGGACUGGGUAUCUAAGGAAGAUGGAUCACACAUAUUAACGGUCGCCGUGGGGUCCAGAGUUUUGUUGUUUACGCCUGUUUCUAGUGAUCUUGCGCAGGCUAACUUGAAGGCAAUGAAAGAAUCAAUAAAUAACAACCGCCCGAUUCUCCGCAAAGCAUCCUCUCUAGCUGCACCUUUGUUCGUCGAGGAGAUCCGAUGGAUGCAACUCCGUCGUAUUGAUUUGAAAACAGCAGAUGGUCUGCCGCCAUUACCUAUGCAGAUUUCGUGGGUGCGAGACGGGAUACUAGUGGUUGGAAUGGACUCUGAAAUGCAUGUAUACUCUCAAUGGAAGCCUGAAAAUCAACAAACUUCUUCGGGAAUUAUUGGUGGCCAGGAGAUAGAAGAAGGCAGCGAAUCUCGUGCGCUCCGAGACUCAGACUUACGUGUGUCCGCGCCACACUUACAACGCGUGUCGUCAAUCAACCUGCAACUUCUGGAGAGAGAUGCUAGACGGAGAAAUAAGGCCCAGCCCGAUCAACCACAGCCUCUUUUAGAUUACAUGCCAGAUUACGGACUCUUCGAAGCUUCGCAAAUGGCUUGUCCUGUUCUGCCACAAUACCAUCCUAAACAGCUCAUGGAAUUGCUCAACAGUGGGAAGAUACGAUGGGUGAAAGCUAUACUUGCUCAUCUUGUUCGAUGUAUCGGCGGAACAUAUACAGGGCGAAGUUCAACCGGCGAUGAAGACAGUUUAUCACGACAGCGCGGCUGGUCGCGGUCGCGCACGCUCUCCGUGUCCUUCGCCGCCGGCGCCGGCUCGCCGCUAGAUGGCGUCGCACAGAUAACGGAAGACGUCCAAUUGGAUUAUGCUGAAAUUACAUCGGUACCACCGUUGCCACUGUGGACCUUAUUGGUUGCGGAUAAGGAGUCGCCCCAUCAUCCCUCUACUAUUCAGGAAGCCGAGGAUUACGCGGAACUAUUCGAAGGUACAAUGGACACCGAUGAAGAUCUGGACAAGUUGUUGCUGGCAGAGGAAGAUGUUCCGGUGGACCGACGACCUUCAAUGCCGGAACGACAACCGUUGUCACACUUUGGACCACGACAAGGACGCAUUCUUUCCCGUCUUCUAACGCACACACAUCUACCUGGCCUUAGUUCGUUAGACCAAAUGCAUCUACUCGCGUUAGCAGACACCGUUUCAACAUGCGACGCCGAUUUUGCCGAGAGACUCGCAUCCAACGCACGCAUUGAUAUUAAUCCGUCUAGUGGACAGGAAAUAUUGCCUGAUUCCCUAGACGACUGCGGCUUGCGUUUCCUUCUAGCAAUGAAGCAUUACGGCUACCUACUCCGCUGCUUACCUCUUGCCCAACGUGCUUCACUGCAACGCACCGGCGUGGGCACUUGCAACCUUGUUUGGGCGUACCAUUCUGAAACCCACGAACAAUUGCUAGCUUUGGUUCCUGGAUAUACCAAGGGACAACCGAAGUGGACUACUAUGAGGGAGUUGGGUGUGGGUUGGUGGAUACGCGGCGAUCUCCUUCGAACGUGCAUGGAGAAACUCGCACGAGCGUCGUACAUGCAAAAGCAGGAUCCGAUGGAUGCUGCGCUCUAUUACCUCGCUAUGAGGAAGAAGAACUUGCUUUGGGGAUUGUUCCGUUCGAACAGAGAUGAAAAGAUGACUUCGUUCUUUGCGAACAACUUCAAAGAAGAACGUUGGCGUAAAGCGGCGCUGAAAAACGCGUUCGUGUUACUCGGCAAACAGCGCUUUGAACACGCAGCGGCCUUCUUCCUGCUCGGUGGAGCCUUGAAGGAUGCUUUGGAGGUGCUGAUCACACGUCUCGGAGAUUUACAAAUAGCUAUGAUAGUAGCGAGAUUGUAUGAAUCUGACAGCACUUUACCGGAAAGUUUGAAGAAACUCCUCAUGGAUGAAAUAUUGGGUGGAGAAACAGAAGACGGCGAAAUAGACCUCGACCACGCGCAUCCGGAUCCAUUCGUACGUUCCAUGGCUUUAUGGGAACUAAAACGCUACGGCGAAGCUCUAGACACCCUUCUAAAUCCAGCUGGAAGAUUACACGUAGCCCGAGACGGAUCAACAAAAGACAUUAAUGAACCCAUGCCAAGCGUGUUCAAUUUCUAUGUCUAUUUGAGAACGCAUCCCAGAUUGAAGAGGCAUAAUCUACCUAGUCAAGGAGGCACCUUGGCUCUACUCCAACAAGAAGCAGAAGAGGGUAUAACUCGGCUCGAACGUCGUCUGUACUUCCAAACGGCACACGGUCACUUCAAAGCAGGCUGUCCAGCUCUAGCUCUAGAAGUACUCUCCAAACUACCCGCAAGAGUACGAGACGAGAAACUGAAGCAGCCGGUUUCCGCGCCGUCGAUAGAGGAAGCCCACAUACAUUCAGGACAACUGGUGGAAGACACAGUCAAAAAGGCGGAAUCAAACUCGAUGGAUUGGGGCGCAACAGCUGCGGACGUAGACUGGGGAGCGCCUGUAUCCUCGACCAAGAACGACGAGUUGGUUCUUAACUGGGAUGACGGUGAUGAAGAUAAGGGAUCUGAAGCAUCAGGCACAUCAACACCUCCGCUAGAAAUGAAGAUGGACAAAAAAGAAGUGGAACCAGAACCAGAAGUGAAUGACAUACCCGAGAAGGAAGACGAACCUCCGUCUGUAGACAUUAUGGCUCAACAGUUGAAAUUUGUGGCCUGUUUGAAGAUAUUGAUGGAGGAGCUUAGCACGCUCGCUACUGGGUUCGAGGUGGAUGGCGGUCAUCUCCGUUAUCAACUAUAUAUCUGGCUGGAACGUGAAGUUGAGGCAUUACGUCGUCUAUGCGGCUACGCCUCCACCAAUGGUAGCACAGCUGGCGGGGAGCUAAUAUGCGCAGACGCAGAGCCACCGCCGCUUCCUGACAGACCGACGCUGCACCAGCUCUUGAUUAGAGAAAAGGCGGACUUUGAAGCGAAAGUGCAACGAGCUGUACGGAGGAAAAAGUGGCUUAAAGCCAACGAAACACUACUUCGUACUCUACUGUCCUACUGUUCCCUCCACGGGGCGGGCGGCGGCGGCCUGGCCUCCGUCCGAAUGGAACUUGUUCUCCUGCUCCAGGAGUUAGGUCAGGACAAGCAGCAUCAGCAAUUGUUAUCACCGUUGCCAUUCCCUACGACUCUGCCUUUGUUGGCAGCUGCCGUGGCCGCCAAUAACACAGUUGUUGCCGACCCCGUUAGGCAUUUACAGUCCGUAGCCCACGACAUGCUAGGUACACUAGGCGAGUUGGGCAUACCCGGCGGUUCGGCGACGCGAAUCCUGCACACGUUGAGAGAACUAGCCGUCGCCCUAUCCGCCUGCAUCUAUCAGAGCUUGUGCGACUCUGAUACCUUCAGUAUGAAGCAUACGCAUCAUCAUGAUGGUAUAAUCGCCGAGACUCCUGGUUCAACGCAUAUGCUCGCGCGGCAGAGGCGUCAUUCCAUUGAAGAGCUCACCGUUACAACUCCGCCCAACAAAUGGCCAGGAGUGUCAGCCCUUCGCGGCCUAGCAUUGAGAGCGGCAGAAGAAGAAGAUGCACCUCGUCUACCAGUGUUACUCGCAGAAGCAUUCUGCGCAGUAUACCUAGCUUUACUCGGCUGGUCACUGGCCGCUAGAGAUGCGCACAUACUGUACAGAUUGGCUGCGGUUAACGUCGACGUCAAGUACCAUGCGAAAUUGUUUGGUGGCGGUGUUAAAAGGCUGCUUACUACUGCGCCUGCGCAGCCACAGCCAAAACUAGUAGAGCGUCCAGAAGGCACAUCCGUCUGGUCGUCACUACGUGAGAAGCGAGCGUUACUCAACAUGCGUCUCCUUGGCUUGGGACCAUCGCAGCCUCACAAAAACAUACAGGAAGGCCGGCCUACUUAUAGGGAGCAGUUUGUACCGCCUAUUUGCAGUAUAUUAACAUUCCUGCUUACUAAGCCAACACCAGACCAAGACCCCGAAAACUACGACUAUGACUCAGCGGAGUCGGGUGGUGAGGACGCGGAGGACAGCGGCAGUGACCCCGACGACGACGACAUUUUUGACACCACUAAUAUCAAGAAAGAUAAGCGCAAGUUCACAAACACGGAACACUCGGAUCCUGACUCGUACUCGUGGUACGUGAUGCGCGUGGCGGUGCUGCGGUUGGCGCAGCAGAAACUGCAACAGUUUUUGCAGAUGUCCGGCAUUGAGAUGUCAGAACUGGCCACUACAAGUCCGACAAUCCACGCGGCGCUGCGUCGCUUAGACCAGUGGCAACAACAGUUGACAGAGACGUUAGAAUCGCGCGCUCCACCAGUGGACUAUAUUCCUGGCUGCUUCCCUGAUCAGCAAACUUCAGGACCACCGAUUAAUAAAUACAAGUGUUUACUGGAGAAACACAACACGCCAUUUAAUACGUCGUUGUGGAGUUCAGCGCCCGCGAGAAGAUUAUGGAGCUAUCUCGUUCGACAGGAGCCUGUUCAGGAGGUUUUCAUCCGAGCAGUGUUCUCUCGGCGCCGCACGCAGUCCAUGACGAUCGAGCCGGGCGCGGUGGAAGCCCGUGGCAGCUGCAUCCCGCACCAGCAGCGAAGAGACGACGAGCUGCAUAACCCUGUCCGCAUCAUACAUAAGGAGCAGGAUUCCAUUGCUGCUUUCUGUCUCAAUCGGGUUGGCGGUGGUCUUCUAGCCGUAGCGACAGCUAGAGAAGUCCAAGAAAUGGACGUAUCAUUAUUACUACGCGGCGGCGCGUGGUGGGCCGAAGACGAGUGUGAAGUGGACUUGCUUGGACUCGCCUCAGACCCUGCCACGCUGCCCGACACAGGAUUCUUGUUGAUACAGCAUCAUGAUAAACCAAACAGCGGAUCAGUGCCCGGCACAGGCAACAGUUCACCUCUUAACCCCAACGCGCCUCAAAUGCCAGUCGGCAUGGCUAGUCAAACUGGACGAGGCGCUAGCGUUGUAAAGGGCCUGCAGUUCCCCGGUUGCCACGACGCGAAAUACUGUCGGCUGGUGAUGCAUCGCUCCAAGCUUCUCAUGAAACCGGUGCUGAAACACAAGAUUGAUAAUAUCAAACGAAUGGCAGCGCAUCCGACCCAACCAUUAUAUCUAACUGGCGGAGCGGACGGUUCGGUCCAAUUAUGGGAGUGGGGUCACCCAUCCUGCGUUUGGUCUCCACGAGCACCCGGGGCCUUUGCCAAAGUGACACGAGUGCGCUUUUCCGACUACGGGAAUAAAUUCGCGGCGUCAGACGCCGAUGGAAAUCUCGCUUUGUGGCAGUUACACCCUUCUGCUUCUCAGCAGCUACCAGGACAGCAGCAUGCGUCGCCUCGACCUUUCUUUACACACCAAUGUCAUAGCAAAGGCAUCAGCGAUUUCGUAUUCCUCGGCUCUUGCAGUUUAGUCGCUACAGCCGGCCAUAGCUCAGAAAGCAAAAACGUUGCCAUAUGGGACACUUUGAUGCCUAUCAAGAAAGCUUUAGUUGUUUCAUGGACAUGCCACGAAGGAGGUGCAGCGUGCGUAGCAUGGGCCGGAUCUAGUGGGGCGCUGGUUUCGUGUGGACGACGCGGUGACGUGUUGGUGUGGGAUCUGCGAGCUAGAGCCCCGAGGCACAAGCUUCACGCUCACCACGCGCCUAUCAAGUGUGUCGCCCUCUCGCCGAGGGAGGAUCUGUACGCAAUUGGCACUGCUGAUGGAGACAUCAAGGUAUUUUCAUUGGCGACGCAUCAACUGCUGCACACGUUCGCCGGCGAACAUGCACGGAGUUCCUUCUUCAAGCACAUCGGACAAGGCGUCACGCAAAUACAUAUCGACAAUGCCGGGCGACUGUUUUCGUGCGGCGCCGACGGCACAAUGAAGGUGCGCAAGUUGCCAGAGCGCGAUGCACCGCCGGUACACCAGCCGCAGUAUUGAGCAUUCUAGUGUUCGCGUCCAGCCUUAUGUCCCCUUGUGAUGUAUUUAUCGUUGUUGCUGUUCAAAUGUUACAAGUAUGAAACGCCUUUAGACUAGUCACUGAGUAGGCGAUGUUGUAUCUAAUGUAUUUAAAAUGUUAAAUGAAUCUUUAGUUAUUCUAGUGUGAAAUAUUCGCUAUUUUUAUCUUAAUAAAUCUUGUCUUAGAUGAAUAUAUAAUUUAUUUAUUCGCACUCGCUGUCUGUCGAUAUAUAGGACCUACUUUGUUGACAAUAUUUUAUUUAAUUACACAUGUGAAAACAAACAAUUUAAGUAAAUAAAUGUUAUAUUUGCAUCUAAAUAUACAAUGGCACACUUUAGUAAACAUCUUUAAUUUUAAAUUUUACUCUAAAUUUAAUUUAAAAAAUAUGUUCUUAUAGACAUUGUUGGUUUUGAUAACAUUUAAUAGAACAUUGUCUACCAACAAAGUAGAUUCCUUUGCAGUAUGUUACAUAACAGCAAAAUGUAUUAAGGUGUUUUUAACAAUAUCAAUCUUUAAAGUUUGCACUUAUGUAUCAAACUCGAAUAUAAAAUCAGGCACGCAGAAGGCCUAAAUUAAGGCGGUUCUCACACGGUGACUCCAGUCGCGACGACACGCGGCGCUACAACAUUAGUGUAGUAUUGAUUUAUAUGAAGUUGCUAUCGCAUCGCACACGCAAUGUUGCAAGCGAAUGCAUACAAAUACGAAAACCAUAUUUUCGCGUGUUGCCGGCAAAAAACGUCUCUAUGCGAGAACCCCACAAAGUUAUAAACAAACCAGUAGGUCAUAUAUUAGUACGUUAACGUUUAUUGUGUCGAGUGUUUUAGUAUUGAUAAAGUGCAAUAAUUCUAACAAUCUCUAACUUAUGAAUCCGACUGCUGACAAUGUCGAAGCCUUAGAUAACAAAUAACUAUCCCUUGAACAACUAGCUUAUGAUGUGCAUAACUUAUGUGUAACUUGUUGACGCAUAAUAUAAUUUAUCUAAAUACAAUAUAUCUCAAUUUACAGUGUGUAUAACUUCGUUGGCUUACUUGUAAUGUUAAUAACUACCUAUAUUUGUAAUUACGUCGAGUAUUUGUCCACUGAUUAAUGUUCUUGUCGACGUUAAAACUUGUGUACAGGUUGUAACAAAAAGGUAUAGUCACUCAGGAUAUGAAAUAAAAAAUCAAUUAAAAUAAAAUUUCAGGUAAGUGGUUCAAUGUCACGGACAAUUUGUUGUCCUCAAAUACGUCUAUACUUUUUUCUUACACCUCAGUAAUAGAGUCACGUAAAAUAUUAUUGGCUGUCUUGUAGUAUUGGUUAAUUUGAUAAAGUUUCAUUGGUUGACUCCUCAAAUUAUUCACAAUAUUUGGUGAUAUUAUAGGCAUAUGGGACUUGUCAACUUAUGUCUCAGGGUGACAGGCGCAGUGCCCCUCAGAUCUUUGGGAUUUAAAGCUCUGAGUGGCAUUGAAACUGCUACGGACAGGCGC